CAGCUCUUGAUGGUUCAGCAACCUCAGAGGGUGAAACCACCAAGUGAGGCUCCUGAACAGCAAUGAAAAGAGCAAAAGAGGGAGAGAAACUGCAGAUGUUCAUCUCGGGAGCUUCUGAGAACAGCAACUAAACCAACGGGAAAAACACCGCAACUAAGGAGGCUCGGUGAAGCGCGAGGGAAGGAAGGAGGCGUUUCGGAGAGGGGAGAGGCAAGCGGGGACAGCAGCCCUCCUCCCCGCCCCCCCCCCGCGCCCCCAUUGCUAGACUCCCCGAAGAGCCCCUGAGACCUGCGGGGAAAGGCUGGCGCUUAAAGCUGAGGAUCAAAGCGCCAAACUGGGUUCAUUUCCCGCAGAGGGUUAACUGCUGCACCGUCGGAAGCCAGCAAAGGGGGAGAAAAGAAGCGGGAAGGCCCGGCAGGGAGCUUCGGCGAGGGGACUCAGCGGAUGAGAACCGCGCCACUUUCACUUUCCAGCGCUCAGCCCCUCCGGCGCCCUUUACAGACUUUCUCCUUCUCCGCCAAGCUGUGAUCGGAGCUGCCCUUCGGCGUCCGGGUCCGGAUGGGGCUCUCGGUAGCCCGGUUAGGGUUUCUGUCCGCAGCGGCCGUCCUGUUGCUACGGGGAGGAUACACAGGCUCCUCCUCCCAUUCAUUACACAUUUUCUAUACAUUGUUCGUGGACUCCAGCCAGGAUGGGUCCCAGUACAUUGUGGUGGUAUAUGUAGAUGACCAACUGGCAGCACGUUUUGACCCGACGACCAGAAGAAUGUUGCCUCAAGUGGCCUGGCUCCUUAAUGUAAGGGAGGAGGACUCUUAUUUCUUGGAUGCAAUAUCUCAGGAAGUGAACAGCACAGAGCGGAAGUUCAAGAGUGAACUCCAUGUCUUGCACAUCUACCACAACUCCAGCAGAGGGUUUCACAGCUGGCAGAACGUGAUCGGCUGCGAGCUGAGCGAUGAAGGCCAAAAGCAGGGCACUUACUUGUAUGGCUAUGAUGGGGAACCCUUCAUCAGCUUGGAUCAGAAGACCCUCUCCUGGAUCGCAGUCAAUGUCCAAGCACAGGUGACCAAGAGGCGGUGGGAAGCUGAGCCUUUGAUCGCCCAUAGCAGGAAUGACUGUUUGGAGAACAAAUGUAUUGAGCUUCUUCAGAAGUGCGUCAUGUAUGGAAAGGAUUCCCUGCUGAGGAAAGAACCCCCAGUGGCUAAAGUAACUUGUGGGAUCCAGUACAAGGGCCUAGAGUCCCUCAUCUGCCGAGCCUACAGCUUCUAUCCCAAAGAAGUGAAUAUCACCUGGAGGAAGGAUGGAGAAGUCUGGGAGAAAGGCAUCUUCCGGGCAGGUGUUCUUCCAAACUCAGACGGGACCUACCAUGCCUGGCUGAGCAUCGAGGUUGACCCGAAAGAGAAGAAGGAUCAUUAUCGUUGCUACGUGGAACAUGCGGGCCUGUCGGAGCCUCUGAUCGUGGCCUUGGAAGAGUCUGCCAACGGCAUGGGGCUCAGGACUGGAGUUUUGGUGGCUGUGGCGGUUCUGUUUCUGGCGGUUCUGGCUCUGGCGGCUGUGUUCUUUCUGAUCUACGUCGCCAAACGCAUUGGAGCCAUGGGCAGAGAAACCUCAACCACCAGCCAGUUUUUUGAAAUGCAUCCAGUGGUAAGUAGGAGGUACGGGGCUGUAGGAUCAUAUCUCUUUCAUCAAAGGGAAAAAAUAAAACCACUGGGACUGAAACAAAAUAUAUCAGAGUUUCUUGUAAAAUUAAAUCCAGAAAAACAGAGAACUGAUUCAACAGGAUUCAUUAACUUCUUUAUAUGCAUAAUAACACAUGAAGUAAAUUUACAAUACCAACAGUGGUUCUUUCAGGAGAGAUCAGUUUCAUUGCAGUUCAGAUCAGCAGACAAGUUCACACACAGAGAGAACAGUAGAGAGACUAGUGUCACUUUCAAUUCUCAGACUCAGAAGCUGCAGACUAAGGCACACUCUGGCUCCAGUCUGUCUCAGCUCCUAAUUGAUUGACUUAGUUGCUAUGACUAUUCAUUGGCUGACCUUGUUACUGUGUCCUAUUCCAGUUGAUGAAUAUACUCUGACAAAAUAUUGUAUGUAUAUAUGUAUACAUGUAUGUAUGUAUGUGUUCUGUUUCCCUCCCCCAAUACUCCCAACAAAGAGUCAGUCAAAGGCCUUCUUUUCUAAUUUAUUUACAUAGAUAAAUGUUCUGGCCACGUCUACCCAUGCGCCUGCCAAGUCUCUGGAGAUAACUAGGAAAUUAUAGAUAAGGCCAGAGUUACUUACUAAGAUAUUCUUCCCUCCAUUGAAACAGUUUGCCCACGCAAAUUCACUGCUUUGUCCAAGACAAAAAGCCAGGAAGUUCCGCCUCCUGCUUUUAUAGCCCCUGUGGGUGUCACUCCGUGACUCAUCAUUCUUUGACUUUGUCCCAACGCCUCCUCUGCUGCGCGCGCCAAUCAUGUCUGCGCAGUCUUGCAUCGAGCUAAGAUUGUUCUUGGGGCGUUGCCAAAUCAAAAGAAGGCCCGGGGGAAUCAGGCCUUGCCAGCCCCUCUUCCUCCUCUGGGGUGGGUGCCAGGGAGGGAGAGGGCCCAGGAGAAGCAGGCCUUACCAGUUCCUCUUCCUCACUUUUUGAAUCAUCUGAGUCCAGGAGUCCGAGUCCAGGAGUCUGAGUCCAGGAACCUGGGUCACAACAGUAUGUAUGUAUGUAUGUAUGUAUGGAAGGAAGGAAGUGUCGUGUCCCACUCCUCCGCUGACGGCCGGGUCAGGGAAAUCCGAAUCAGGCUUGCCUCUGCAGCUCUGCCCAAAGUCCUAGCAAAGUCCUCAGAGCAGGCAGGAGACCAGUAAGUGACUUCAGCAAGAUAAGUUCGACUUUGCCUGACUCAGAGACUGCCAGAAAGCAGAUCCUUUAUAUAGGCCAUGGGGUGUGGCUCCAUGACUCAGCACUCAUUAAGGCCUGCCCCUCCCUUCCUUCUGUUGCCUCCGCCUAUCCAGUCUUCUGAUGCGAGGGUCACUCCAAUCAGCAGCUGUUGGAAGUAAACUUUCCUCAGGCUCACAUGCUGUGGAGGAGGGGGAGGGGUCUAGCUGCUCCGUUUGCCUGGGCAUGGAGCCAGGGCUGGGGCCGGGGGAUGCUCCCUCCUCUGCAGCCUGCUUGGGCAUGGAGCCAGGGCUGGGAUCGGGAGGUGCCCCCUCCUCUGCAGCUUGUCUGGGCAUGGAACCAGGACUGGGACCGGGAGGCAUACAUUCCUCCGUGUUCAGGAGCAGAUAAGCAGACCCCGGCUGCGGUGAGAGCGGACAAGACACAACAGGAAGGAAGGAAGAAAUUUAGCCUCUCAUCUUACUGAAAGUGAUUCCAGGCAGUGCGCAACAAUCAUGUUUUAGUAUUCUCCUACCUGUGAUGGAAUGUAGUCUGGAUUCCCAGGAGGGAGGGGCUCUGAUCCACCAGAUCACCCCAUCCUCAGCAAGAUUGCCUUAUGGGGACCCCUUGUCAGCCUGAAUACAGUGUGUUGUCUGCUCUUCAGAACUUGCACUGGGAAAAACAAGGAAGCAGGCUCCACGGCUGAAGCAAGAUCAGAAUCCAGGUCUUCUCUCUUCUAAUGCUAUAACUUUAGCAUUACCUGCAAUGGUGCCUGUGAAAGACCUUGAGUGAAGGGGAGAAAAAAAAUGCUGCCUAGGGAAGGGUCAGAUAAGAGAACCUGUAGCCCAGAGCUGCAUAAUAGACAGGGUGAGAAACUCAGAAGGGAACGUAGCUUCUUAGGCUGUGAAGGGGCCUAUAGGAAAAUUGUACUUUCAGGCUUGCAAAGUUCUGUUAAUGUAGCCUUACAAUAAUAUGGAAUUAGCUUAUCUGGUCAUGCUUCCUGUCUAGUAUACCUAGGAAAUCUGACUCUGCCUGAUGAUGCCUGAAGAAGCUCUUGGUUCACUCUCGUUCUGUUGUUUUCGAUUCCAUCGUUAGGAUAAUUUUUAUGAUAUAGUACUAGAAUACCUUAUUUGAGCAUUUAUACCUAGCAGUUUCGAAAGCACGUAAAAAUGCAAGUAGAAAAAAUAGGGAUCACCUUUGGUGGGAAGGUAACAGCGUUCCGUGCGCCUUUGGCAUUGAAUCAUGCCAGCCACAUGACCGCGGAGACGUCUUUGGACAGCGCUGGCUCUUCGGCUUUGAAACGGAGAUGACCACCGCCCCCUAGAGUCGGCAACGACUAGCACAUAUGUGCGAGGGGAACCUUUACCUUUACUUUUAUGAAGGCUCAGAAACCACGUCUCCUGGUUGACUUUCAGAUCUGCAAACUUUCUCACACUUCAGUGUCCAUAAACCUUCAAAAGUAGUUUAGCCAGGGAAGUGAGUUAAAGUACCGGUAUGUCUUCUAAGGAUAAAUAAGGUACAAUUACAAGGAUUGUUCUUGGAUAAUUAUUCUCAGAAAAACCUAAAGGCCCUGGCAAGGAAGGAGGUUCCUUAUAUCAGGUGUCUCCAACUUUAAGAUUUGUGAACUUCAACUCCCAGAAUUUCUCUGCCAGAAUUCUGGGAGUGGAAGUCCACAAGUCGUAAAAUUGCCAAGGUUGGAAACGCCUGCCUUACCUGGAAUGAUGUUGGUGUGACCCAGGCCCCAGUAGGUAGUAGAAAACUCAGUCAGUGUAAAGAACAGCUGAGAAUUAACUCAUCCUCAGCGUAGUUCAACUAAAUUAAAGCAAAUUCCUCCCAACACACAUUCCUCAGUCCUAUCAUCAACUUGGUCCAAUUAGGCAAACUGCCAAAGGCCUUUCUUGGCAAAAGUUCAGAAGACACCAAUACAAAAUAAAUGCAAGAAGACGAAGCUAUCAACGUUGUUUUCCGGCAAAGCCCAAACGCCGUUGCUGGUCUUUUAAGCAUUAUGGGAGGGACCAAUCAUCUCUUGGCCCCUGCAAAGGCAUGUGGGUCCUUUGCAGGAAAGCAACAUUGUUAAUUCUGUUCCCAGUCGGCAUCUCUGUUUGAUUCCUCUGAAAACAACAAAAUACCUUAUCCCACCAGACUUGAAAUCCUAGGCUUAGAAAACUUGGAACUCCGUCGCCUUCGACAAGACCUAAGUUUAGCUCACAGAAUCAUCUAUUGUAAUGUCCUUCCUGUCAAAGACUACUUCAGCUUUAAUUGCAAUAAUACAAGGGCAACCAAUAGAUUUAAACUUAAUGUAAACCGCUUUAAUCUAGAUUGCAGAAAAUACGACUUCUGCAACAGAAUCAUCAGUGCUUGGAAUACUUUACCUGACUCUGUGGUCUCUUCCCAUAAUCCUAACAGCUUUAACCAAAAACUUUCUACUAUUGACCUCACCCCAUUCCUAAGAGGACCAUAAGGGGCGUGCAUAAGCGCACAAACGUGCCUACCGUUCCUGUCCUAUUG